CCUUGUUGGAAAUAUACUUAUGAUUAGUAAAUAAACCAUGUUAAAAAAAUAAAGUAGUUUCUUAGUGCGGCUUUAAAUGCCUCCCCCAUACCUUAACUCGGUUAAAAGAGACAAUCCUUUUUACUACUUAGUGCAUCUUUAAAUGCCUCAACAAUAACGACACGAGCAGGUGCUCGACUCUCAAACGUAAUUUCUGGAUUUAUUGAAUUUGAAAUAGUAUAAUAAAAAAUGUUUAUCAAGGGGAUGGGGGUUAUAAAAUAGAUUUUCUGGCCUAUCUGGGCACUUUUAUGAAGGAAUCAGCUUCAUGAGGCCCAAUAAAAGAUGCUGGGAUUUACAAGAAGAUGGUUCCUGGCUGGGUCCACAUCAAUCCUGGCCGGAAUGUUCCUGCGGGACCUCGGAGAGACGGACGGCGGAGUCUUCAGACCAAAAAAGGAGAGGAUCAGCGGGGGCCCUUCAAGCGGAGCGCGCAGGGAGGGAGGGUGACGGCCGCCAGCCUGGAAGCUGUCUGCGGGGAGGAUGGAGAUCUUUCUGAAAAGCACAAAGCGAAAGGAAGCUCUGCUGUAGCAACCAAACAGUGAAGAAGAGCGGCGACAGGAAGAGGACGUCCUCGCUGUUGAAGGGGCAUGCCGCUCAACGUGGUUCUGACCGGGCCGGCCCCCUGGGGCUUCCGUCUGGUGGGGGGCAAGGACUUCAACCAGCCGCUGACCAUCUCCAGGAUCACUCCCGGCGGCAAGGCGGACGUCGCCAGCCUAUGCGCGGGCGACGUGAUCGUGGCCAUCGAAGGCUCGCCGGCCGCCGACAUGCUGCACUGUGACGCCCAGAACAAGAUCAAGGAGGCCAGCAGCCAUCUCUCCCUCAGCGUGGAAAGAAACGAAGCCAGGCUGUGGUCGCCGCGGGUAACGCAGGACGGCAAAGUCAGCCCCUUCAAACUCAACCUUGCGUCCGAGCAGCAGGAGCACAAGCACAUCGGCGUGGCUCACAACCGCCAAGCUCAGCCCUUCGUGGCGGCGGCCAACAUCGACGACACGCAUCAGGUGGUCAGCACAGCCUACAACACGCCCAUCGGCCUCUACUCAUCCGGGAACAUCCAGGACGCCAUGGAGGGUCAGAUGAAGGGAAUUGUCCUGCCUAAGGCCGAAAGCCCGAGAACGUUAGCGAACAUCGAGGACUCGGACGUCUACCGCAUGUUGCAGAAGGACGACGACGAGCCCACGGAGCCACGACAGUCGGGGUCCUUUAAGGCUCUGCAGGACUUUGUGGAGAGCGACGGCACUCGGCCGAUGGUUACCAGAACGGUUAAAGCUCCGACUACCAGGGCGGUCGCACCAGCAGGAAAUCUGCAGAAGCUUCCCAUCUGUGACAAGUGCUGCAAUGGCAUCGUUGGGACGGUGGUGAAGGCCCGGGACAAAUUCCGUCACCCCGAUUGCUUCGUGUGCUCCGACUGCGACGUCAACCUGAAACAAAAAGGUUAUUUCUUCGUGGAAGGUCAGCUUUACUGCGAGGCUCAUGCCCGGGGGCGAAUGAGACCCCCCGAGGGUCACGACCUCAUCACCACCUUUCCUUCUGCGUAGUUUCCUGCCCUUACCGUCGGUCUUUGGCUUACUUUGGUCGGACGACAACGGUCAUGUCAACACCAUCUUCACGCUAAUAAAGACACAUUGUCAUCAUCA